UGAAAAAAGAAAAGAAAAGAUACUUGUAUAUUUAUUACAAAGAGUUGUUGACAAUUUUGAUUAGUAAUAGAAAUUUGAGGAGCAGUUCUUUUUUCCAUUUUUUUUUCUUUUGGAUAUCCCUCCCUCCUCCUCCUCAAUCAAGUCUUUGAUUAGUGAUUUCUCCAAAGAAAUGUUUAAAAUUAAAUGUGGGGUUUUGUAGUAAAAUUAAAUUAGGUUGAAAAAAAUAGGGUUAGAUUAGAUUAGAUUAGAUUAGAUGGAUUUGUUCUACAACAACCACUCUUCUGCAAUUGAUGCAAGCUGUCAAUUCUUGUUGUUGUUGUUGAAGAAGAGAUUCCCGCUCCGAUCUGACACAUGGGGGGCAAUUUUGGAAUACUCCUCAUCCUCCUCCUCCUUCAUUUGCUACUGUUGAUACUACUAUUAGUAAUAGUAGUAGUAGGAGUGCUAUUAGGGCAUCGCCAUCAUACUUAUCAACAAGGUCUUCUUGUUACUCUACUUUCUUCUUCUUCUUCUUCUUCUUCAGUACUAGUGCUUUCCCCAUUGUUCUUUAGGCCAACUGGAUAAUGGGGAAGAGCGGAUCUUAUGAACUAAGGGGGGCGCGACACUCGGGUUCUACACAAUCAGAGGAAUCGGCUCUAGACAUGGAACGGAAUUAUUGUUAUCAUCCAAACCUACCAUCAGCAAGUCCACCACCACUUCAAGCCUUUGCAUCAGCUGGUCAGCACUCUGAAAGCAAUGCUGCCUACUUCUCAUGGCCCAAUUCCAGUCGAUUGAAUGGAGCUGCUGAAGAUCGCGCAAACUAUUUCGGGAAUCUUCAGAAAGGGGUACUGCCUGAAACACAUGAUCGCUUACCAACGGGGAAGCAAGCAACCAGUUUGCUCGAGCUGAUGACAAUAAGGGCAUUUCAUAGCCAGAUCUUGCGACGUUAUAGUCUCGGCACCGCAAUUGGGUUUCGGAUCCGCAAGGGUACGUUGACAGAUAUACCUGCUAUUCUUGUUUUUGUUGCCCGGAAAGUUCAUAGGCAGUGGCUCAACCACAUCCAGUGUUUACCGGCUGCCCUUGAGGGGCCAGGAGGCGUAUGGUGUGAUGUAGACGUUGUUGAGUUCUCAUACUUUGGUGCUCCUGCACAAACCCCCAAAGAACAAUUGUACACUGAGCUUGUUGAUGGCUUACGAGGAAGCGAUCUCUGUAUUGGUUCAGGUUCCCAGGUUGCAAGUCAAGAGACAUAUGGAACAUUAGGUGCGAUAGUAAGGAGCCGUACAGGCAACCAUCAAGUUGGAUUCUUGACAAAUAGGCAUGUAGCGGUUGAUCUUGACUACCCAAAUCAAAAGAUGUUUCAUCCAUUGCCUCCCAGCCUUGGACCUGGGGUGUAUCUGGGAGCAGUGGAGAGGGCUACAUCUUUCAUUACAGAUGAUCUUUGGUAUGGCACCUUCGCUGGAACAAAUCCAGAGACCUUUGUUCGAGCUGAUGGGGCCUUCAUUCCUUUUGCUGAUGAUUUAGAAAUCUCUAAUGUGACAACAAUUGUGAAGGGCGUAGGCGAGAUUGGGGAUGUUAAAAUUAUAGACUUGCAAUCUCCAAUCAACAGCCUCAUUGGGAAGCAAGUGGUGAAGGUUGGAAGAAGCUCCGGCUUGACUACUGGGACAAUAACCGCCUAUGCACUUGAGUACAAUGACGAGAAGGGGAUUUGCUUCUUCACUGAUUUUCUUGUUGUGGGUGAGAACCAACAAACCUUCGAUCUUGAAGGAGAUAGUGGUAGUCUCAUCCUUUUAACAGCCCAGAAAGAUGAGAAGCCAAGGCCCAUUGGAAUCAUAUGGGGUGGAACAGCAAAUCGUGGGCGGUUGAAGCUGAAAGUUGGCCAACCUCCUGAGAAUUGGACAAGUGGAGUUGAUCUUGGUCGUCUUCUUGAUCUCCUUGAACUCGAUCUGAUAACAACCAGUGAAGGACUUCAAGGUUUGAAUACAGAAGCAGUGCAAGAGCAAAGAACUGCAUUAGCAGCAAUUGCAGAUUCCAUGGCUGGAGAGUCUGCUCUUGCAGAAGGAACAUUACCUAAGGGUAAAAAGAAAGAUUUAUUUGAGCCUUUGGGUUUCAAUAUUGAACAAAUUCCCAGGGAAGAUGGAACCUGUUUAGGGGUGAAUUUGCAUAAUGAGUUCCGUAUAGAAGAUGUGGUCGACACUGCGCCAGCAAAUAUAGAAGAACACCAGUUCAUUUCCAACUUCAUUGAUACGUCCCCUAUGCACAAAAAAGAGACUCAAGACAACACCUCCGAAUCGAAUAGUCUGUCAGCACUGAGGAACGGCUCCGACGAAGACCUCUGUUUUGCAUUGCAGUUGGGGGAUCGUGAACCCAAGAGAAGGCGUUCAAAUUCUUCAAUCAGUAUUGAAGAACCGAAAUAAUAUAAAGUGCUCACAGUUGCAGGAAAUUUGAACCUUUUCAUUUUGCUAUAUAAAGCCAUCUUUUUUACUUAAUUUUGUGGAAUGAUCAAUGAGUUUAAAUGAGCUUCUCUUACCAAGGGCUGAGUGCCUUAGAGAGUAUAAAUUCUGAAUGUAAGUAGCCAGACUUUAUUAAUAGAUCAGAGAGGGGGCGGACAGUGUUGGCACCAGGACAGAAUUUUCCUAGUUCAUUAUUCCUGCUAAAUCAGUUUAUCUUUAUCCU